AUGAUGCGGGGGAAACAUGUGUUGGUUGGGUGGCUAUGGGUACAAGGCUUGAUACAGCCACUUGAAGGCAACCCAAACCAUGGACAUUCGGAAUACAAGGCCUUUUUGCAGCACCACUCUUUCGCCGUGCCGUUGGAAUAUUCGAGCUUGUUGGCAGAUUGGACGCUCAGUGGAGCAAGCAUCUUUGAAAGGGAACGUUUGUUGUUGCAUCCGGGCGUGUCUGAACGUCAGGGGUUUGCCUGGAACAAGCAGCCGCUCCAAACCAACAACUUCGAAGCCAGCUUUGCCUUUCGUGCAUUUGGCGCCGCGGAUGCUUCCAAGGUUGUGGAUGACCAAAGCUUCGCUUUUUGGUUUGUCCGGCAAAAUAUUUCUGGCGAUUUCAACGAGUCUGCUGCCAUCCGCGCAUCCUCGUGGUCGGAUGGUCUGAAGGAGCAAGGAUACUCGUUGAGUGGCUCCAAGGCACUGUUUGAGGGAAUCGGAGCUGUGUUUUCGACGGCAAAUCUUGCCAAAAAGCCAGGCUCCGUUGUGUCUUUCAUCAGCAACGACAACCAUCAAAGUCUGGGCUAUGGCAUUGACGUUCCCACCAGCAAUGCCAAGGUAGUUGAUUUCCGGAACAAGGAUGUGGAGUUCAAGAUUCGGGUGCAGCCUUUCUCAGUCAAGGGCCAGAUAAUUGUUGAUGGCAACGUCGAAGAUUGCUUCGAUGUGGAUCGGCGCAAUUUUCCUGUGAAGGCAGGUGGCUACAUAGGCUUCACUGCUUGGAGUGGUUCUGUGCAACCAUCCAAGCUUCCAGAUGGUGUGUCCUUAACGAAGGUCCAAGUGGUGAAUUUCGAUGACCAGGCAGUUGGUGAAGACAUCGUGGGGACGAGCGCCAAAGACAAACUUGCGUACGAAGCCCUGAUGUCGGAGGAUUCCAGAUACUUCCAGGAUCAGCAAGCUCAGACGGAGCACAUAGGAAGAAUAACAACAAUGUUGUCGGCACAUUUGAACGAGACGAAGCCGGCAUAUGAUGUCAUGUCCUUUCAAGUCUCGAACCUCAUGCAGUCCCUCAACAAGCUGGAUCACGACUGCCGGCUUCUGACCAAAGAGAUGAAGGUCCUGACGGAUCCGAAGAACGCGAAGGCUCCGAAGAAAGCGACUAACUUGCAAGAGAUGAAGGUCCACAUCUUGGGUCUCCGCAGGCUGCUAGACAAGGAGGGAGCAGCUCACAUGCACAAGUUGGAGGCUGUGCAGAAGAACCUGAAUGAAGUGAAGCAGCAAACCGACAAGGCUGCUGGCUCAUCCAUAUUGGGAAGGAUAGUGGACCAAACAACCGUGCUUGAGCAGAGCGUUGUGUCUCGAAGUUCACAGAUGUCUCAAGCUUACAGUAUGGAUUGA